AUGUCCAGAUCAUCGCCAUUUGUGCUUCGGCCGGGAUGCCUCACCAUCAAGGUGGACGGGGACGGGGCCGAGGCGCAGGGGGAGGAGGAGGAGGGAGGACGGGGGAAGAGGGAGGACGUCGACACGCAGGAGGCUCGGACCGGCGUCCCGACGCAGGCCCCGCGUCAGCAGCCAAGGCGGCCGGCGCCCAUCUCGCUGCGACGGGCUGCCCACGGGGGCCGUGCAGGACGAACCGCUCGAAGAGCGCCUGCUCCUCCGCGGCGGCCCACCUCCGCCGGCUGCUGGCCGAUCCGCUCGGUGAACGCAUCCAACUCCUUCUGGGUGCUCGCGCUCCGCAACUUGGCCGCUCCCCCGAAGGCGAAGAGGCAGGGGACGACGACGAUGCACGAUGUGCGGGGCAUGUGCGCGCGCGGAGAGCGCGGCGGGCUAGCCCGGUGGGCCAGGGAGCCUGCAGCAGAGGAUCGCGAGAAGCAGCACGACGGCGGAGAAGAUCAUGCACCCGUGGUCCAUGAGCACGACAUGACGGCGUUGCACCAGACAUCGCCGGGCUCGACCGCCGGCGCCGCGGAUGGCGGCGGGUCGCUCGGCGGCUCUGGCGUCGCCCCCCAGACCUCGGGCGCCGCCGUGCCCAGAAUCCUGCUGAAUACCUCGGGUCCAUCAGUAGCCCCAGCUGCUCGUUCGUGA